GCUCGCUCAGUCUUUGAUAGCCAACUCUCGUGUACAGACCGAUAAGCGCUUAUUGCAAGCUGCCCUCGUCGUCAACGCAGACGCCAAAAAACCCGAACAAUCAAAACAAUCCAAAAUAAUAAAAUAUAUAUGGAACAGAAAACAAUUGACAACAGUGUGAAUGCUUCUUAAUUGAAGGCAACAAAACGCAUUGGGUAAGCCCCAGCAAUAACAACAACAGCAACUACGGCGGCAGCAACAACAACAACAACAACAACAACAGCAGCAGCAGCAACAACAACAACUACAACAACUACAACAAUAAUAACAACCAACAAAUAGUGCAGCAUCAAAAGCAACGGACAGCAGAUUGCAUCCAUUUUGCUCUCUUGCGCUUUGUUAGUGUGUUCUGUGUGCGUGUGCCUGUGUGUGUGAGAGGAAAGAAAAAAACUUGGAAGAAAAAGUGAAACGACCGGCAGCGAAAGCAGCGUGAAAGCAAAGCAAGCAAUAAAUAUAUAUAUAUACAUACAUAUAUAUAUAUAUAUAUAUAUGUACAUAUAUAUACACACACAUACAUAGGCAUAUGUAUUAAUGUGCAUGUAGAAAAUAAAACGCCAAUCAGCGCAAUUUAACAACAACAACAACAACAACAACAACAACAGCAACAGCAGCACAGAGAACAAUAUAAAACAUAUCGAUUAGCAAACAGAUUAGAGAACAAAAACUGAAACAAACAUUUUAUGUGACAUCAAUAAAAUAAAACAAAAGUAGAAAAUUGCAAAAGAUAUUUUGUUAAUUUUCGUAACAGUGUCAACUGGCUGUCAAGCUGACGUUAACAACGCUUAAAAUUGGAUUAUGCUUAGGCACAAACGCAACAGCAGCAACGCCCAACAGAAGACGCACAGCGAGCAUGUGAAGCUGGCCGGUAAACCAGAUGCACUGCAUCCCCAGUUGUAUAGGAAUACGCCCGUCCAGCGUUUACAGUUCAAUCAGCAUUUGAACCAGCGUGUCACGUUCUGCCUGGAGCUCUAUCACAAGAACAUUAUCAAAAAACUAUCCGAGCUUAGGAAGAUUAACGUUUACAAAUUGACCAAAAACGUUUGCCAGACUUAAGAUACUUUUAUUAAAUAAUACAAUACAAAAACAAACUGUGUGCAACAAGUUGUCCAAGUGAAGCUCAAAGUUUUUGUGUGUGUGUGCGUGUGUGUGCGUGUGUGCGCGCAGCUGUAUAUGUGUGCGUGUAUAUACAGUAAAGUUGAAAAUUCGAAUUAAAAAAAAAAA